AUGGGAGCCGCACGGAAUCGGGAUGCAUACCACUCAGCUUCCAAGUGUAUUGGCCUCGUCGAGGAGGUUGCCAUGUCACCACCGGGGGCAAAGGGCCAGGACGCGGACCACCUGAGCCAGAAGAGCCCGUCAACGUCUCAUCCAGAGACAGCAUCGACUCCCGAUAAAACGAGCAACGAGGACCAUGGCCGCGAAUGGCAUCGAGUGCCCUCGCGGGCAUCCCGCAGCGCCGGCCAAGCACCGAUGGACGAUAUCCGCCUGUCGACCACCGUUUCCAGCCGCACCAUGGACACAUUCUGGUUUCCGCAACUAUCCCUAGGCUACGAUGACACCCCGCGCAAGAUUCGGCGCGGCUUCCACUCUGACAAAGAAAUGGUGUUUCUGGCGUGUUGCCGCCAAUACCCCAAGGCCGUGGGCUGGACGCUCCUCUUGUUUCUCACGGUGGUCAUGGAGGCGUACGACAAGUCGCUCGUGUCGGGCUUCCUCGCGUUCCCAGCCUUCCAACGCAAGUACGGGCAGCCGGAGUCGACGACGGGAACAUCGGUGGGCAACGGACCUGGAGCGUACCAGAUCCCGGCGCCGUGGCAGAUUGCCCUGCACAACGCCGCAUUCACCUGCGAGAUCAUCGGGCUGCUGACCCACGGCUACAUUACGUAUAAUAUCGGAUACCGAAAAGUCAUGAUGGGCAGCCUGGUUUGGCUGUGCCUCUCUGUGUUCCCUGCGUUUUUUGCGAGCAACAUUACCACUUUGCUGGUUUCACAAGCCUUGUGUGGAAUACCCUGGGGCGUCAUUCAGACGCUCGCCGCUACGUACGCGGCCGAGGUUGUGCCCUCGGGCUUGCGGCCCUACGUCUUGAGCAACAUCAACAUGUGCUGGGUUGCCGGGCAGCUCCUGGGGACUGGUGUCCUCCGGGCUCUGGUGCAUAGCGAUUCGCAAUGGUCUUAUCGGCUCCCGUUUGCCUUGCAAUGGGCCUGGGCAGUUCCCCUGUUGAUUGGCGUUUACUUUGCGCCCGAGAGUCCUUGGUGGUUUAUUCGCCAUGAGAGAGCGGCCGACGCCCGGCGAUCUCUUGGCCGACUUUGUAACCGGUCCGGCUCCCACAUUGACGAUAGCAUAGCUCUGAUGGAGCACAUCAACAGGAUUGAGAAGGAGUUAAACUAUGGAGGCGCAACGUAUUCAGACUUGUUUAAAGGUGUUAAUCGCCGUCGAACAGAGAUAUCGUGCGUCGUGUGGAUGUGUCAGGCGCUCUCUGGCAGCGUCUUGACCGCCUUCGCAGCAUACUUUUUUGAACAGGCUGGCUUCGACCCUUCCAACUCUUUCAGCCUGUCUACGGGGAUGUAUGGCAUGGCUCUGAUUGCGGGCAUAAUUUCAUGGGGCCUCCUUUUCAAGAUUGGUCGUCGAAAACUGUACAUGUUCGGCCUGGCGUCGGCGGUUGCCUUCUUGACUGCUGGUGGAAUAGUAUCAGUGGUGUCGGCAGGUAGCAACGGGGCCGAUUGGGCUUUGGGCGCCUUGAUCAUCCUCAUGACCUUCACCUACGAUCUGACCCUCGGUCCUGUAUGCUACGUCGUUGUGGCUGAGAUUCCAUCGACGCGCCUGCGGGUCAAGACUGUUGCUUUGGCUAGGGUGGCAUACAAUAUCGCCAUGAUUGUCAAUACUUCUCUGGUGCCGAACAUGCUCAAUCCUACGGCUUGGAACAUAGCAGGCAAGUCAUGCUUUGUGUACGUCGGAACGGCCUUUUCUUGCCUUGUGUGGUGCUACUUUCGAUUACCAGAAACCAAGGGGUUGUCAUAUCUUGAACUGGAUAUCUUAUUUGAGAAGAAGGCUCCCGCACGAAAGUUCAGCCAGGUCCAAGAUAGGCUUGCCAAGUCCGCGUAUCUUACUGCCUCGCACGCCGAGCGACUCACGGAUGCCUGGCACGGGUGGUUGGCGUAUUCCUAG